AUGUAUCACCUUGGGAAGGCCAAUGUAGUGGCGGGUGCUCUGAGUAGGAAAUCUAUCCACAUGUCAGGUUUGAUGGUGAAAGAGCUGAAGCUGUUGCAGGAUGCAGAGUUGGUGAAGAUUCUUGGUUUGCUGGGUAUCGAGAAGACAGUUGGUUUUGAGCUGGGCGAAGACGAAAUUUUGAGGUUUAAGGGCAGAAUUUGCCUACCUCAUGAUUAUGAGCUGAAGAAGAAGGCAAAGGUGGAGCAUCAGAAGCCGGGUAGUUUGUUGCAGCUAAUGGAGGUUCCAGAAUGGAAGUGGGAUAAUAUCACUAUAGAUUUCAUUAUGGGAUUACCCAGGUCUUCUAGGAAUAGUGAUGCUAUCUGA